AUGGCCCUGUCCCUACAGAGCUUGGCAUUCUCCCUCCUGAUCAUCCUGGCCAUCUCCGGCCAGGCUUAUGGUUUUGGUGCGGGCAACAUUGCCUCUCUUUCCAAGAUCGAGGGGCAAAACUGGCGCCACGGAGAUAUCGAAGAUACCCUCUUGACCCUCUUCCUGGCUCGGGUUGCGGGUGGACGUAAGUUCAGCAAGCUCGAUGUCAAGCGAGUCUAUUUCGGUAACUGGCUGCGCGACUACAGUCAGGCUGUCGAUGUGGGCACCGUCAAGCACGUCAGUGCCGAGGCCAUUCGCAUUCUGAUCUGGGUCCUGGGUUUCAUGAGCUUUGGCUAUGGCACUCGCGAAUUUGAGGUCACCACCGAGCGUUUGGGCUGCUACCAGCCUACCGAGCAUAUCGAUAACCCAUUGGGCUACGCUGAGGGUGACGAUGCCCGUCGCUACGACCGCCGUCUCCGGGGACCCAUUGAUGAGGAGCGUGAGCUGUCCAUUGACACUCGAACUGGCCUCAAAAACUACAUCGCUUCCGAAGACCUCGGCAUUGAUACCUCAGCCGCCCUGAUCCGCCGUGUUCUGGGUCGCUCCAUUCAACUCGGCCGUCGCUACGCCCGCUCCCGCAAUGACGAAGACCUGCACGAGGCUCUGCGUCUGCUCGGAACCGGUCUGCACUGUCUGGAAGACUACGCUGCCCACUCCAACUAUACCGAGCUCAGCCUGAUCGAGCUCGGCGAGAGGAACGUCUUCCCUCACGUCGGCCGCAACACCAAGGUUCAGAUUCGCGGAGUCCGUGAGGAGGUCUAUCCCAUCGUAACUGGCACUUUCGGAGGAGUCGAUUUUUUCCACUCGGUCCUGGGAGAAUUCUCGGACAAGACCAAGCAGUCUGAGCUCCAGUCCCUGGAGGGCGUGAUCUCGGAGUCCGAAAACGACGGCCCAUCCAAGAGCAUGCUGCAGGAUCUGCUCAGCAAGAUCCCCAGUGGUCUGAUUGGCAGCAGCGGCGAUCAGGCAGGCAAAAUGGACGACUUCAAGGCCAAGGCCGACAAUGCCCGCCAUGAUGGCCAAAACGUCAGUCCCCGCCAACCAGAGGAGUGGGCCCGCUACCUGGAAAAUGUCCAGAAGCAGAUCUACCCUGUUCUCGACUGGCAUGAUGAGCUGCUCAAGAGCAUCAACGAGGCCAUUGAGAAGAUUCCAGUCCUUCCAGACUUGAUUGAGCAGGUUCAAGACGAGAUCACCGUCUUUGUCUUCUCGGUGCUCGCUCCCUACAUCCUGCCUAUUAUCAAGCAGGCCAAGUCCGAGCUGGAGACCGGCUCCUCGGAAGUCAUUCAGUCUAGUCGGAAUCAGCAGCACAUUGUCUUCAAUGACGACAACUCCUCAAAUCCCACCCACUCGAUGCUCUCCAAGGACCACUUCUCCAACAUCCUUAACGAGCCAGCGGGCCGAAUUGCCUCGGAAGUGGUCAAGUGGACCGUUCCUCAGCUGAUGCAAUGCUGGGACGAUGAGAAUAUCGACAUUGACCGGACUCUGAACCGAAUCAUCUCCGGAGUCUUCCACCACCCCGCAAUGCACAGAUACGGCGAUGACGGCGCGGCCGACAUUCGUGGAAUCAUGUUCUCCACCGUGGAAAGGUGGUGGAGCGAGAAGGACGAACGGGAGCGCGAUGUCCUUCGCGACCAACUCAGCCGUGAUGGCGUUCGGCAGGGCCGAAACCACAAAGAGGGCGUUGAGGACUGCGGUCAUGGAUGCGGCAAGCCCCUCUCUCUGCCGAAGAAACACGGCACGACUGGCGGCAGCAGCGGAGGCUAUCAACAGUCUAGUGACAACGGACUGGGCAAGAUUGCUGCCGAGGCCGUGGGCGGAGGAGCCAUCGGUGGCCUUGUCGGCGGUCUUGUGGGCAGCAUUGGCUCCAUGGGUCUGGACGAUGGCGGCUCUGGAGGCCGAAGCAGCCCGAAGAGACAAAAGAGCCCCAAGAGAGAAAAGAGCCCCAAGCGCCACGGAUACGGCAAUCGUGAUAAUGAUGAUGAUGAUGAUGACGACGACGAGAACGAGCACAAGCACGAGAAUCGUCGACGCCACCAUGAACAUCGUGAAGAGCCCGAGACACAGCCGUUUGGCUAUGCGCCGCCGCCUCGUCAAGGAGGGUACGAGUAUCAGAGUGAGUCGACUUACAACGAGCGUCCGGCCCCUCGCAACGACUAUGGCCGUGAUGACCGUCCAGCGCCUCGCAACGAUUACGGCCGGGACGAAUACCCCAGCGACUUUGCUCGCAACAACUAUCCCCAGCAGGAAUAUAACAGCUCAACCAGCUACGGCGAGCGUCCUGCUCGAAACGGGUAUGCUCGCGACGAAUAUCGCAACGACUUCCCGCCCAACCCCCCUUCUGUGCAGAGCUACCGGCGCGAGGAGGACCGGGAAUCCCGACAGGAUGACAGAGGCUGCUACCAACAGGAGAGCCGACAGACCUACGAGUCCGGUCGAACCGAGUACCAGCGGACCGAGACCCGGUCUGACUACGGAGCCCCCCAGUCCACCUACGAGACCGUGCAGCAGACCAGCUACGGCGAUGGACGCGUUGAACGGUAA